ACACUGGGAACCAGGAAGCACGAAGGAAUCCAUGAUCCUGCCCUAAGAGGGCUUACAUCUUUGCUGGGAAAGCAGGUGUUCACAAAGGUAAAUAAAAAUACAAGCAUCUACACACGGCACGGUCCAGAGGGCAGGGCAGCUUGCUGUGGCUGAGGUCAUCAGGAAAGACUUUGUGGAGCAGACGCAUUGCUAGUGGAUCUUUGAGGGAUGGGGGAAUAUGGAAGGGGAGAAAGGAGAGCUUUUAUGAUCCAGAGCACCUGCUACAGCAAAGCCUGGCGGAUGCAGACACAAACUUGGAGUCUGUUCGAGGAACGUGCUAACGGGCUCAGGAGUAGACCACCUUCGGGGCAUUUCAGUACUGCAGGCAACUAGCGGGAAAUAACCCCGCCCUCCACUUUUCAAACAAAUCCCAGGUGGACGCCUGGGAAGGCAAGCGCUGUGUUACCACAGAGACGCGCAGCUAGAUCGCCUACCUCCUCGGAGGUGGACAUUUUUGGUCCUGGCGGAAAAGUUGGAAACGGCUGGGACCACUAGCAAGUCAAACUGCAUCGCCCAAGAAUGUGAGAGCAAAAGAGCUCCCCCUGGGAGCCGCAAAAGCAAGCGGCGGAACGAAUCCGUGAGGCGUCCCUCGGAAGAACAGGUUUUUAAGGAGUCGCCCACCUCCCUGCCCUCAUCUGAGAUGGCAGCUCUGCGGGCGCUCUAGCCGGCGCUCCUUAGAUUUCCCCGGAGGGGGCGGCAGCCUCGCCGCUAGCUGUGGUGGCUGAGGCGCCGGUCGCGGUGAGCUUCGUCGCGGCCGCCGCUCCUCGUGGCCUGUGGGACGCCGAGGGUGGGGAUUCGGCCUCUCCCCUCCGGCGCUGGGCUUCUUAGCGCCUUUCCCAGUCCGACCCUCAGGCCUCGCGGUCGCCGCGGUCCAGCCCUGCGCGGGGCCGGCUGUACCCGCGCUCGGGCCGGACGAUGCCCAAGAAGCUGCUGCUGCUGCCCCCGCUGUCCGCGUCCUCCGCCUUCCGCGCCCCGCGAGCCCGCCCCGCCGCCUCGCCGGCCAUGAACGCCGCCCGCACCGGCUACCGGGUCUUCUCGGCCAACUCCACGGCUGCCUGCACCGAGCUGGCCAAGCGCAUUACCGAGCGUCUUGGUGCUGAAUUGGGGAAGUCUGUUGUAUACCAAGAGACCAAUGGGGAAACAAGAGUUGAAAUAAAGGAAUCUGUUCGUGGCCAAGAUAUUUUCAUUAUACAGACAAUACCCAGAGAUGUGAACACAGCUGUGAUGGAGUUACUGAUCAUGGCUUACGCACUGAAGACUGCCUGUGCCAGAAAUAUUAUUGGCGUCAUCCCUUAUUUCCCCUACAGCAAGCAGAGCAAGAUGAGGAAGAGGGGUUCCAUCGUGUGCAAGCUCCUGGCAUCCAUGCUGGCGAAAGCAGGUUUAACUCACAUUAUCACUAUGGAUCUUCAUCAAAAGGAAAUACAAGGCUUUUUCAGCUUUCCCGUGGACAACCUUAGAGCCUCACCUUUCCUGCUUCAGUAUAUCCAGGAAGAAAUUCCAAAUUACAGAAAUGCAGUCAUUGUAGCUAAGUCUCCUGACGCUGCAAAAAGGGCCCAGUCCUAUGCUGAGAGACUGCGUCUGGGUUUGGCUGUCAUCCACGGGGAAGCUCAGUGUACAGAGCUGGACAUGGACGAUGGUCGCCAUUCUCCCCCCAUGGUCAAAAAUGCUACUGUGCACCCGGGCUUGGAGUUGCCAUUGAUGAUGGCCAAAGAGAAGCCACCAAUAACUGUCGUCGGAGAUGUUGGAGGCCGCAUCGCGAUCAUAGUGGAUGACAUUAUUGACGAUGUGGAGAGCUUUGUGGCUGCUGCAGAGAUCCUGAAAGAGAGAGGUGCCUACAAGAUCUACGUCAUGGCCACCCACGGCAUCCUGUCUGCAGACGCCCCCCGCCUGAUUGAGGAGUCAUCUGUUGAUGAGGUGGUGGUGACGAAUACUGUCCCUCAUGAGGUACAGAAGCUACAGUGUCCCAAGAUCAAGACAGUGGAUAUCAGUUUGAUUCUUUCUGAAGCAAUUCGAAGAAUCCACAAUGGAGAAUCCAUGGCUUACCUUUUCCGAAACAUCACUGUGGAUGACUAGCUUUCACUAGCCUUGCCGCUGGAACGCCUAAGGAAAACAUGUAAAAAGCAGUGCCGUCAGUUAUGUGCACAGCUAUGUGCAAAGGAGGACUGGAAAUAGUCUGGAGUUAGUCUCUGUCACCAAGGUUGGUGGGUAGGAGCCAUUAAGAUAGUCAAGAAGAAGACAGAGCUAAUACAUAAAUAACUUGGCCUUAAAUGUCUGCCAUCAUCAUCCCAGUUCCUUAAACAGAAGUUAUAGACGCUUUCCUGAAAAGAAUCUGAAAAUCUUGUUGAUGCUGAAGAGUUAAAAGCAGAUAAAGCCAAUAGCUCUGUACUGAUUAUUCAGUUGUUUCAGCUGCAGAGAAGCGCAAGUGUUGACGUUGAACCUGGUCAGGGAAGCCAAGUCCCCACACUGUUUCUGUCCAGUUGUUCUCUCCCCAGUCAAUUUCAUGUCUUUUAUAGAGAAUCCUGUUUUUCUUUCAGAAACCGCUGUGCCUACAGCCAUUAAACAACGAAGCAUUCAUGUUGUUGUGCCUCCCAAGGACAUCAGAUUAGAAAAUAGUGUCCCAUCUCUGGGUGUCUGUGUGGCUCUGAAGUUGCAAAUAAAAGAAUUUGUCGUCUCCCUAGCGUCUUCACUACACUGAAGACCUAUGUGCUCCACUGGAUGGUGACUAUGUUAUGUCCAAACUGUGUAGAAGACCAUGGACAGCAGAAUAAAGGGUGGUCAGCUCCUUGGCUGGUCAGUCUUAUUCUCCAGGUUCCUUCCCCUUGCUGAGCAUUGACAUGAUGAAUAAAUCCUUGUUCAGUAA